GCCUAUACUGCGGUGCAUAUUACCUGCAAACAUCACCAUGGAAUUCGACACUGAUGGUUAUUUCCUCGUCCUGUUUUCGUUUACCUGCAAUCUGAUGUGGGGAUGCGUUACCAAAAGCCUGGGCGUUUUGUUGCCGACGCUGACGGACCAAUUCACCACACACACCUGGGUCAUUGGAAUCAUUGCAUCAGUCCUGACAAUAACGUCAUAUUUGGGAGGUCUUCUAACCAUGCCGUUGGAUGAAAGAUUUAGCUGUCGACGUUUGUUGAUCGUCACCAGCGCAGUUGAAAGCAUAGGGUUGCUGUUGUUUCCUCUGGCAAGAAGCACUAUUCACGUUGCUCUGGCAUUUGCAGUAUUAGUAGGACCAAACGUUGGAAUUAUCAUGGUUUUCAACAGAGUCGUACUAGGACGCCACUUUCGUGAGCGAUUCACUUUAGCCUGUGGGAUUGGCCAUGCCGGGCAAGCAGUUGCCCUUCUUGCUUUUGCACCGAUGACGCAGCUUUUCCUCGACACCUACGGUUGGAGAGGAGCGGCGCUGCUUCUUGCUGGAAUCAGUAUGCAUCAGAUUGCAAGUGCUGCCGUUGUCAGGGUCACCAAAGCACAGUACGAGCCUCUUACGGAUAGCUCAGAUAACCACCAGGAUGACAUCGACAAGGAAGGAUGCAGAAGUCGUGGCAAGAAAUCUAUUCUUCAUCUCGUCAAAGCUGUAGAUCUGGGAAUACUGUUGGAGUUCAAGUUUUGGAUUGUGUUCAUGGGUCGUUUCGGAGUGUCUUUUACCUUCAAUGCUUGGGUGCUAUAUUACGUUCCUCACUUAGAAGCCAAGGGCUUCCCGCCCCAAGUGGCAGCUGCUCUUUGCUCGGCAGCUGCUGUUGGGUAUUUCCUUGGGUCGAUCAUGUGGGCACCCCUCAUCGACCGUGGCAUCAUGAAAUGCUCAACAGCGAUCAUCAUCAGCAGCCUAUUUCUGUCUCUGUCGUUUGUUGUAGAUCCCUGGGUGAAUGACAUUGCUAGCUAUGCAGUCGCCACCUUCAUCUGUGGAUUGUUUACCGCUGCUCUGUACACGCUCCAGGACGUCUUGACUAGAGACAUGUUUGAAAUGGAUCGACUUGUGAGCGCCUUCGUCUGGGGUCGGGUCCUCCUCUUCGCACCCGGAAUUCUUGCUGGGUUCCUACCUGGCUGGAUAUACGAAGCAAGAGGAAGCUACGACUUGGCGUUUAUCGUGAUUGGCCUGGUACCAACUCUCUGCCUCCUGCCGUUGAUUAUUGGGUUACUGAGGAAGACAACGAACGGCUUGUGAAGGGACAUAAUGUAUAAGACGAACAGGUCCUCUCUUGUGCGAGUCUUUUGAAGAUGUUUUUUAUGUUGUCGGAACCAAUGGUGUAAUAAUUAUACGAGGGCAAUAAGAAGGCAAUUAUUAUGGAUGCUUUGGGAGUCUAAAGUCUAUUCCUUGGGCGGAUGCGAUUAUUAAUUUUUUUCUUAGGGAUUCAAAGUUUGUUAUUACAUAAAUGCCAUAAAUAUGGCGGAACAUAGAAUUCUGAUUUCUGUAUGUAAAUGUCUCAGAGGUCGCAGUCUGUAUGAGUGCAAUUAAAGGAUCGCUGAAAGAGCCACCAACUUUAGCAAACCGAUUUCGUAGAUAACGCCAAUGCAAUGCAUUUUUACACUAUAGAGAAAAGGUUUGAGAGAUAAAUAUUGCCAAUUAUUUUUUU